AUGGUUUGUCUGUGUUUCAGACUGCAGAAUGAGAAAUGGAUGAAUGUACGAGUGGGUGAUGUUAUCAAACUUGAGAACAAUCAGUUUGUUGCUGCUGACCUUCUCCUCCUCUCUAGCAGUGAGCCCUAUGGACUGUGCUAUAUCGAGACUGCAGAGCUUGAUGGAGAAACCAACCUGAAGGUGCGCCAAGCCUUGACUGUAACCUCAGACCUCGGGGACGAUGUUGCCAAGCUUGCAGACUUUAAUGGGGAAGUCAUCUGCGAGCCUCCUAACAACAAACUGGACAAGUUCAUUGGGACUCUCUACUGGAAAGAUAACAAGUACCCCCUGGACAAUGAGAAAAUGCUCCUGAGAGGAUGUGUGCUCCGUAACACUGAAUGGUGCUUCGGCUUGGUUAUCUUCGCCGGACUCCAAACCAAGCUGAUGCAAAACUGUGGGAGGACAAAGUUCAAAAGGACCAGCAUCGAUAAACUGAUGAACACCUUAGUGCUGUGGAUCUUUGGCUUUCUGAUCUGUAUGGGGAUCAUCCUGGCCAUUGGGAACACUAUUUGGGAGCAGAGUGUCGGCAGUGACUUUUGGGCAUAUCUUCAGUGGAAGGAACUGACAGUCAAUGCUGUCUUCUCUGGCUUUCUGACCUUCUGGUCCUACAUUAUCAUCCUUAACACGGUUGUGCCCAUCUCACUGUAUGUUAGUGUAGAAGUUUUGCGGCUGGGCCAUAGUUACUUUAUAAACUGGGACAGACGAAUGUACUACGGCCGUAAGGACACUCCUGCUGAAGCGCGGACCACCACUCUUAAUGAGGAGCUGGGCCAGGUGGAGUUCAUCUUCUCCGACAAAACAGGCACCCUCACCCAGAACAUCAUGGUGUUUAAUAAGUGCUCCAUCAAUGGGAAGACCUACGGUGAUGUUUAUGAUGAGUUUGGACAUAAAGUGGAUAUUACAGAGGCUCCACAAUGGCCACAUUUUCUGCGCCGACCUUUUUUUCAACCGUGCGGCCAUCGCUAUUCCACCGCUCCCGCCGCCGAGCACAAGAACUUUGUAGUGGUCCUUGGCAGCCAGUCCAGAGCUGGUGUGGAUUUGUGA